AUGGGAUACGUUAGCGUCCAAAAAACAAAAGUUGAGGUUUCAAACAAGCCGUCAAAUGACUCGGACAGCUUGACUAAAAAGUCUGACAACGUCAACGUCAACGUUGACUAUUACCUGAGCUCAGAUGUAGAAAGUCAAGAUUCAUCAGCUCCAAAUCCCUUCAAGGAUCCUACCGUUGCCCAAUACUAUCGGAAGCUCUACGAGGCGUCUGAGUAUGAGUGUCGCGCUGCUUUCGACCCCGAGUUCGAUUGGACGCCUGAAGAAGAGAAGAAGCUUAUCAGAAAGCUCGACUGGCGCGUGGCUUUCACUGCUUGUUUCAUGUUUGUUGGGUUGCAGGUCGAUCGUGGAAACUUGGCACAGGCUGUUGCUGACAAUCUUUUGCAUGACUUGAAGCUUAACACAAACGACUACAACUUGGGCAACACCUUGUUCUUGGUGUCCUUUUUGUUGGCCGAAAUUCCCUCGCAAUUGUUAUCGAAGGCCGUUGGUCCUGACCGCUUUGUCCCAUUCCAAAUCAUCUCAUGGAGUGUUGUCGCCAUUUGCCAAGGUGCCAUGACUAACAAGGUAGGCUUCUAUGUGUGCAGAGUCCUUAUUGGUUUGUUGGAGGGUGGCUUUAUUGCCGAUUUGGUGUUGUGGCUCUCAUACUUCUACACAUCUAAGGAGUUGCCUAUCAGACUCUCUUUCUUCUGGACCUCCUUAUCUCUUACGCAGAUUGCGACCUCCUUGCUUGCUUUCGGCAUUUUACGUAUGCGCGGAAUUGGCGGACUUGCGGGUUGGAGAUGGCUCUUCAUUAUUGAGGGUAUCAUCACUCUCCUCAUUGGUGUUUGGUCUAUCUACGCAAUGGUACCUUCGGCAUUGCAAACAAAGACAAAACUCAAUCCUAAAGGCUGGUUCACCGAAAGAGAAGAGAAGAUUGUGGUGAAUAGAGUAUUGAGAGACGAUCCAUCAAAGGGUGACAUGAACAAUAGACAGCCCUUGACUUUAAAACAAGUGUGGAGAUCAUUGUGCGACUAUGAUUUGUGGCCGGUCUAUAUCAUUGGUUUGGUAGCAUAUGUCCCUACCGCCACCAUUCAGCCCUAUAUGACACUCACAAUGAAGUCAUUGGGAUUCUCGACCUUCACGGUUAAUUUGUUAUUCAUCCCACAAGCGGUCGGCCAUAUCAUCACGUUGUUGUUGGUAACUUGGGUGUCAGAGAGAUUAAAUGAGAGAUCUUUGGUUUCCCUUUCUCUUCCACUUUUUACGAUUCCGGGAAUGGCCGCCGUCCGCUUCUGGCCAGGAAGCAUGAAACAGCCGUGGCCAACAUUUGCUCUUGUCACUAUCGUUCUUUCGGCACCAUACAUCCAUGCUAUAUGUGUGUCGUGGGUCUCUAGAAACUCCAACUCGAUCAGAUCGAGAUCAAUUAGUUCCGCGGUGUACAAUAUGUGCGUUCAAAUCGGAAGCAUAUAUUCGGCAAACAUCUACAGAAAAGACGAUAAGCCUCUUUAUAAGCGCGGAAACUCUGUUCUUUUUGCAUUCUCCAUCCUUAUUGUACCCGUCCUUCUCCUGGUCAAAGCGUACUAUGUUUGGAGAAACAACAAAAAAGCGGGAAAAUGGAAUGCUAUGACUGUUGAAGAGCAGGAGAAUUAUAUUCUCAACACCACUGAUCAAGGAAACAAGCGCUUGGACUUUAGAUUCGACCAUUAG